CGAAGAGUCAAAACGCGUGGUCAGUGUGCUGUAUUAGUAGUAGUAGUAAUAGUGGUGGUGGUGGUGGUGGUGGUGUUGGGGCGAUUAUGUACCGUUAGCUCGAAUUCGUUCACGUUGGUCGAUUUAAGAUCCACGCUCGUAUCCUAUUUACCGACCGAGGAGACCGAGCUAUAUUCGAUCGUGUUGCUCGGUGUCGUAAACCCGGAAACGCCAAGUGUGCGCGCUUCGAGAGUCUCUUUCGCGCGCUGGAAAAAGAAAGAAGGGGGGAAGAAAGAGAGAGAGAGAGAGAGAGAGAGGGACGAACGGACGGACAGCAGACGAAGAGCGGCAGUGUACAAGCCGAGCGCGAAUUUAUCGUGAAGUCACUCUCUCGAGCUUCCGUUAGAGACGCGCGCGCGCGCGCGCGCGCGUGGUGUGUGUGUAUGUAUGUGUAUAUCCCGUUCUCGUCACAUACGGAUUUCUUUACGUAUACGUAUGACGUGUGCAGACCGAUAGCCGCGACGAUACGUCGGUCAGCGUCGUGCACGUAGAAAUGAGAAAGUCGUUGUCGCCGCGCUGAGGAUCGGGGCACGAGCAACGACGCAGGCGAGCCAGCCGGACGGACGAUUCCCGUACUAAGCGGAGUUACACGAAGGCGGCGACAGUAACAGCGGUACGUUGGAGCCGAGCGCGCACUGGAGAGCUGCUUUCUCGUCUCUUUGCCCGCUUGUCUACCGCCUGUACUUACGAGUGUAAGUCUGAAAAAUGAAUUUUACACCAUUCCCUGGAUUCACCGGUUCGCUGCCGACCGGUACUGUUCAUCAAUUUGCUACAGCAAAAUUUGCGCAAAAUCUUACUACUGGUGGACAAGUGGUUGGAGUUCUGUCAGGUGGUGAAGGUGGCGUUCAUUACCUAAGGCCAGUCGAUCCAAAUGGCUUCGCCGUGGCUCAGGGUGGUAACAGUCAGCAACAGCAGAUUAUUACUUUGCCUAUUACUGUACCGGGAAAAGAUGGCACGCAGCAACAACAGACUGUCCAGAUACAAGUGGUCAAUCCUAGCGUAUCUCAAAGCGGAAAUAGCGGCGAUCAACCGAAAUAUCAUUUGGCGCCAAUAUCGUUGGGACAGUUUCCGCAGGGGGCAGCUACCGUCCUCACUGUUGCCUACAGUCAGCAAGGCGCAGAUGGAGUACAAAUACAAGUACAACCGCAAAACACUGUGGCGACUACGCAAACAUCCGAUCAAACGACGCAAAGUACGUCUACCGCUGUGACCACUACAUCUCAGCAGACCAUUCAACAGACGGUACAGCUUCCGGGAGCGCCCGAAGGUCUGACUGUAGUCGCCCAGAUUCCUCAAGAUUUGAUCUUGCGAGAAAGCAUAGAAGAAUCUAAGGAGGACGUAAAAGAGGGUACGACACCCGUGGCUCUUAUUAAGCGGGGCAGUGUCAAGAAUCAAGGUAAUCAGAGCGGGGAAGAGUUUAUUACAUCUAUGCCCGCUAGUUGGCAAAGUCUCGCCACUCCAGGAUCUACAGUCGCGGAUUAUCUCUCCAGAUUACCUACCAGUACUCUGCCUCUUAGUUUGCAACAUUUUCUCAAAUUUUCGGCGGAAACUAUAAAGAGAGAAGCUACCAUCGAGUCUAGUCCGCUCGGGGCGGAUGGUCUUGAUGCUUCCGGAAGCACAGCCUCGGGGGAGCAAGCGGUGCAGAUUACAGUCGCAGGAGGAGAGACGGCGAUCAUUCCUGAUGUUGUCGAAGAACAGGAGCCGGGGGCAAAGCCGAAACGAAAAAAGAAAUACAAAAAGAAACCUCCGAAACCGAAAAAACCAAAACCAGGGCAAGUGAGCAUAGUUACUGCUCUCGAUGGUACAACCCUGUUUUGCUGUCCUCAAUGUAAUAUGGCAUAUCCGGAGAAAGAAAGUUUGGAACAGCAUCUGAUUGGACAUAAAAUAGAGAGGAGAUUUAUAUGCGACAUUUGCGGCGCUGGUCUUAAACGAAAGGAACAUUUGGAGCGGCACAAAUUGGGCCACAAUCCUGACAGGCCCUUCAUAUGUUCCGUUUGCAUGAAGGGCUUUAAACGAAAAGAACACUUAAAUCUUCAUUUUGUUAUACAUUCUGGGCAAAAGACCGAAGUCUGUACUGAAUGCGGCAAAGCGUUCUAUCGGAAGGAUCAUCUUAGAAAGCACGCGAGAUCUCAUCUCGCUAAGCGUGCCAAAGAGGAUCCAUUGAACACGAGCGAUGCGGCGCAAAAUCAACAACAGACAGACCAACAGCAGCAGCAAGUAGAACAAAUGCAACAACAGUCUUCGGUACCCGAAUUGCAGCAAAUUCAGAUACAAGUAGGACAAGGCUCUCAAGCGCAGAUUCAUCAGAUUUCCGUUAGCGAGCAGUCAACGGUAGUUUUACCUACAGCUGCCGAGACUGGAGCUAUGACUAUGUUGCAUCAUCAACAGCAGCAGCAACAACAGCAGCAACAGCAGCAGCAGCAGCAGCAAACACAACAGCAACAGCAUUAGCAACAGCCUACCGCCCCGAAUCAACUUGGGCGGUACUUUCGUUUCAAUCAUCAGCACGCUAGAGGUCGUGCACGACAUAGCGUACUCGCUGAUUAAAUUUUGCAAUUUGAUAAGCGAGUUGAUGUUAUCGAAAGUUUCAUUGAUCUUCAUCGUUGCCUAGUUGAUUAUUUUGCAAUCUCCAUUUUUCAAAUGCCUCCGUUUUUUUAAAUAAAAUGUGAAUAUCCAUGUAUAUCGACGCAAAGCCGGUUGGGACUUUGAUUUUCCGCGCAAUCGGCUUUUUAAUAGCGGCACAAAAAGAGCUCGCAUUCGUGUUUAUAAUAAUAUCCUGUAACAAUUAUCCUGUAAAGCGCACCGAGCUGAAUCUACGAACAAAGUUCGUGUAUAUUUACGAAUUUCUUCUCUUACGUACACGUUAUAGCGUACGUGGAAAGAAGCGACAGUAUCCGCUCGCCCCUCGGACAAGAUGUUUUUGUCGCUGAUCCAGUUCCAUGACGCAAGUUAGGAAUAAAUAUGAAAAGUUUAUAUAAAUAUAUAAAUAUAUAAAUAAAUAUAAAAAAAAUAUAUAUAUUUUUGAAAGCGCGAACUGGAUUCGUCGAAGAUGAGAAGGCAAUCGAGUUUUGGGCUGAAAAUAUAAUUUGCUUUUACGACGAUGAUAUAAAAAUACGUAAUGAAAGAAUUAACUACACAUGGAACAGAGUUUUGUAAAUACAGCGCAAUCUUUCAUUUCCAAUUAGGGAGAAAAUCGUGUCGCAUAAAUACUAAUGCGAAGUGAAUCUUAUUAUUUAUUUCUGUUGUACAACAGAAUCGUGACAUUACGACGAAACUUGAUUCGCUGAAUCAAGUCCAAUUUAUAUUUUGUAGCAUUAUAUUGACAGAAGCAUGCAUACAUUUUUCUAUAAUUUAGAUCAUUGCAUAUAUGUUACUUUCAAAGAAGAUGCGUAGACGUUUUGGAAUCCGCGCUUAAAGGAUUCGAAUGUUGAAAUCGUGGGAUAAUUAGAUUGGGAAAAAUGUAUCGCGCGUUUAAAAAUUUUUUGGUGCAAAGUACAGAAUUAGCUUAUUGCGUUUAAAAAAUUUUUUUCUUCAAUAAAAGGGAAAAAAAUUUUAGUAUACGCAUUUACGCACGUUGCUAUAAAAUAAAAUACAUUUCCGCAAUCUAUAAUUAUAUCACGAAUAAAAUUCGUAUUUUCACUCGGUUCAUCUAAUAUUGGAAUAUUAAAUACUAAAAAGAUUUAAUAUUAAUAUCGAAGAAAUAAAUUUGCGCGUCGCGCAAACGAAUAUAUGACAAAAUAUAAAUUAUUUUACGAUAUUCCUUUCAGUUGGUCAUACGGUGUUAUAAAAAAAAGAGCGCUAAAUAUUUCGAGAUGUAAACCAAAUCGAUCCAUCAUGAUUCACGUGAAAAAAGUUUUUCGAUGAAGGUGUAUGUAUACCACACAAAAAAAAACUUAUUAUAAGUAUUGCAAUUAAAGGCAAUGGGUAUAAUUGUACAAGAAAUAUAUUAUUAUUUUAUUAUCACAUAAUAUAGAUAUAUCAUUAUCGUAGUUAGGAUAAAUAGUACAUAAGCAAUUUUCAUUGUUACUUACAUAAAUAUUGGAGGAGCUACAAGAUAAAAUAAAACAUACAUUUAAUACAAAAAACUA